AUGGUGCUCCAGCUCAUGAGCCCCCGAGGCAGACGCCUCGUCGGUGGCUUGAUGGCCAGCGGCCUCAUCCUCUUCUUCGUCGCCGCCGUUCCCAGGUUGAUGGCCUUGUCCCUCAUCUUCGGCCCGCACGCUGGCGUUGCCAUGACCCAGAAGCAAGUCGUCGACGACCAUCAGGCGACGUUGAGCCUGCCCGUCGCUCGCCCGAGGCCGGUGCCCCGAAUCAUUCACCAAAUCGCUCACGAUUGGAUCUCCCCCGCCAACGAGACGGUGCCGAUGCCGCUUGCGUGGGUAAAGGCUCGUCGGAACUGCGUCGCCUUGCACCCGACCUGGGAGCACAAGCUGUGGGACGAAGCUGUGUCGCGCCAAUUUAUCCGCUACGAGUAUCCUUGGUUUCUGCAGGCCUACGACGACUUGCCGAGCCCGUCGAAACGGUCCGAGGUCUUGCGAUACUUUUUGCUCCGACACUUUGGCGGCAUCUACCUCCACCUCGAUCAUGCCUGCCACGCCAACCUCGAGCCCCUGCUCUACUAUCCCACCUGGGUCGUCGACACCGGCCGAGGCGCCUUGAGCAACGCCAUCAUGGCCUCCGAGCCCGAGCACCCGUUUUGGAUCACCGUCACCGACUCCGUCACCGCCUGGGCCGGGAAACCCCUGCUGCCGUACGGAGCCAACUACUCGACCGGAGCCUGGUACGAGACGAAAAUAUGGGAGCUGUACCACGCCCGAGCGUCGAAAACGCAACCGCCGAAGCCCUCGCUGCACCGUAUCGUCGUCGACGAUGCCCACUCGGAGCUAUUCAUACCCGGAAACAGCACCUGGGGCCACCCUCAUCAUACAGCCUUGGAGUGGGUCGGCAGUCAUCCGUUCCAGACCAUCUAUUUCGCCCUCCUGGCCUUGGGCUUUCUCGUCGUCGCCGCCCUUUCCCUGGGACACUGGGCAGUCCAGCACGAGAGGCAGCAAAAGGGCUAUGGUCUUCUCGUCUGA